UUUAUGUGUCUAUGACUACUCUAGUUCCGCACAAAAACAAAUGUCAUUUUAUUGUUAGUAGGACCCCGCACAGGGUUCAAGCACAAUGAUGGUUGGUAAAUUCAAAAUAAAUAACAGGAAUAUACUGGCCAGAUGAAUCAACAUUUAGUCACACGAAACACUAUCACAUUUAUCACCAAUACCAGGAAUAUACUGGCCAGAUGAAUCAACAUUUAGUCACACGAAACACUAUCACAUUUAUCACCAAUAACAGGAAUAUACUGAUCACAUUCAUCACUAAUAACAGGAAUAUACUGGCCAGAUGAAUCAACAUUUAAUCACGCGAAACACUAUCACAUUUAUCAUCAAUAACAGGAGUAUACUAGUCAGAUGAAUCAACAUUUAGUCACACGAAACACUAUCACAUUUAUCACCAAUAACAGGAAUAUACUGGCCAGAUGAAUCAACAUUUAGUCACACGAAACACUAUCACAUUUAUCACCAAUACCAGGAAUAUACUGGUCAGAUGAAUCAACAUUUAGUCACACGAAACACUAUCACAUUUAUCACCAAUAACAGGAAUAUACUGGCCAGAUCAAUCAACAUUUAGUCACGCGAAACACUAUCACAUUUAUCACCAAUAACAGGAAUAUACUGGCCAGAUGAAUCAACAUUUAGUCACACGAAACACUAUCACAUUUAUCACCAAUAACAGGAAUAUACUGGCCAGAUGAAUCAACAUUUAGUCACACGAAACACUAUCACAUUUAUCACCAAUACCAGGAAUAUACUGGCCAGAUGAAUCAACAUUUAGUCACGCGAAACACUAUCACAUUUAUCACCAAUAACAGAAAUAUACUGGCCAGAUGAAUCAACAUUUAGUCACGCGAAACACUAUCACAUUUAUCACCAAUAACAGGAAUAUACUGGUCAGAUGAAUCAACAUUUAGUCACACGAAACACUAUCACAUUUAUCACCAAUAACAGGAAUAUACUGGUCAGAUGAAUCAACAUUUAGUCACACGAAACACUAUCACAUUUAUCACCAAUAACAGGAAUAUACUGGCCAGAUGAAUCAACAUUUAGUCACGCGAAACACUAUCACAUUUAUCACCAAUACCAGGAAUAUACUGGCCAGAUGAACCAACAUUUAGUCACGCGAAACACUAUCACAUUUAUCACCAAUACCAGGAAUAUACUGGCCAGAUGAAUCAACAUUUAGUCACACGAAACACUAUCACAUUUAUCACCAAUAACAGGAAUAUACUGGUCAGAUGAAUCAACAUUUAAUCACACGAAACACUAUCAAAUUUAUCACCAAUAACAGGAGUGGUAGCCUCAAAGUUGCAUGGUACCAAAGAAGAAAGUUCCGUGUCAAAGUUCUUUCAGUCGAUGUUUGUUUGGAACUGGCUAGAACGAGAAAUAGCCCAAUGGUUCCACCGACAGGGAUCGAUCCUAGACCGUCCGCGCAUCAGGCGUGUGCUUUACCACUGGGCUACGUCUCGCCCCCUUCACAAGUUUGAGUCGAUGAAAUCCGCCACUGGUAUAAAUGAAUCUUACACAAUAUUGGCAAACUCAUCACUCGGAUUUCAUCGACUUUUUUGUUUACAGUUUUUAUCGAUUGAGGUCAAAUGAAAUGGUAAGAGUGGAACACUGUUUCGCUGUUUAUAAUGUAUCUCACUACAUGUUCAUCUGAUACAAGUUUCAUGUUUGUAUCAUUUGUGUAUCAUGUGACAUUUUCUAAUUAUGCAUUAAGUAAGUGCGAACAUCCCAUUCUAUGACCUUUGACCUCUUCUUAAGUGACUUUACCACCACAUAUUCUCUUCUUAAGUUGUUGUUUCUUGAUCAGGGGACCAUCCUCUAUAUUUUGCAUGUGAUUUCCCUGUUGUAACUUUCACGUCAAAUAAAAGUGUAAUUAGCACUAAUUAGUGUUGUUCUUAAGUGACCUCCCCACCAGAAAUCUUCUUCUUAAGUUGCAUAUUUGUAAUCAGUGCAGACACCCCUACCGCAUUGGAUAUGUGUCGCUCUUGUAGCUUCCACGUCAAAUAAAACCGAUUUCUGGUUUUAUUUUAGUGGGCUCCCCAACCACAUCCACCACUAGCCACACGCCUCUGUGUGUGUAUACAUAUAAAACUAACUAAUUGUAUAGAAAGUACAAGCUGUAUGCAAAUUAGGGAGAUCCCCGUGUCACAUGAGUGUUACCAGCGAAAGAAGCAGGAAAUAUGUCGCUACCAAUCUAGGAAAAUUCGCUGUAAGGACAAAUAGACUAUCGGACACAGAGGAAACGUUCUACAAUGGCAGCUAAAUAUUCUGAAACCAAAUCUGGAUUUGCCGAUAACUGGCAGCGCGGGAAAUCUCUCAUAGAAUGUCUGCGUUAUUCACUGCAACAAAAAUCUCACUGUGACGUCACGUUCCAGGUCGGGAAAGACAGGAAGUCCAUACCAGCUCACAGACUGAUAUUGACUCUUCGGAGUCGCGUGUUUGAAGCAAUGCUAACUGGACCGCUGGCAGAACAAGAGAAUAUCGCACUGCCGGACAUAGAAACAGACAUUUUCGAACAGUUCCUCAUUUUCCUAUAUACCGAUGGCGCUAUACUUGAUUCAAAGAACGCAAUCGGACUUUUGUAUUUAUCCAAAAAAUAUGACGUAACGCCCCUGGAACAGAAGUGUGUGGCGUAUUUGGAGUCAUCGAUAUCGUCACAUAACGCCUGCGUCGUGAUGGAACAGGCCCAUUUCUAUGACGAACACGACUUGAAGGUCAAGGCUAUGAAAUACAUCUGUGAAAACGGCAACACAGUUCUAAAAUCGCCUGGCUUCACUGAUCUGUGUCACUCGUGUGUUCUCGAGAUCACGGAAACAGACGAACUGGUCGCAUCUGAGGAGAAAGUAUUUGAAGCCGUGAAUGCUUGGAGUGAGGCGGAAUGCAGACAACAAGGAAGGGAGAUAACCCCUGGUAAUAAGAGGAGCGCACUCGGGAAGGCGUUGAUGAACGUGAGGUAUUCUCUUCUUGGUCAGACAUAUUUUGUGGAGAGAGUCUCACCAAAUAAUCUGCUGACAGAAAGCGAAGAAAAUAAAAUCUUCAAAAACUUCGUCUCUCCCGAUAAAUCUGUUUUACCUUUCAAAAAAGAGCCCAGAUGCAGGGCAGGAAACCUUAUCACUGCUGAACAGUUUGAAAACGUCAGUGAGAUCUUGUAUACUCCUUCUUCUGCUGAGUACAGAACUGUUUUUUGUGUUAAUCAAACCUGUGCUCUACAAGGCUUUUCCAUCGUGAGUGGAUCAUUUGGAUUCAGCGUCUUUGUGUGCGAUGAAGAUACUGGUGUCUCUGUAGGUAAGACAAGUGGUGGAAAGAGAACAGGCUGUCUUGUUGAGUUCCCGAAACAAGUCAGGAUUGUCAAACACAGAAAAUACAGUCUAGUUGUUAGGUUUCAUAAAGGACAUUGUGUCCAGCGUGGUGAAUUAAGCGACAUAGCAGAAGAUGGAAACUUUGCCUGCCGCUUCUUAAAUAACAUCCCAAGCGAUUAUCAUGAUCAUGUGGUACUGAGCUUAGUCUUUCGAGUUUAAUGUUGUUGUUGUUGUACCAUGUUUACAACUUUAUCGUUGUGACAUCGAUACACAUAGCGAUGACCAACUUACACACGCCACAUAAACAUGACGGUGGGAAUAACAAAUAUAAAACAAACAUUUAAACAAAGAACAGAAAAAACUAGCAAACACAAAUGUUCCUUUUAUACGUGUUGCAAACUCACAAAGCAAAAUGCAUGGAAAAUAUAUCUGUAGUAAGUGGACAGAAAAAACCGUUAUGUGAGACCCUACGAAUUUUAAUAUUGAUAACAUGUCUGAAUAAUCUAAUCGACAAAUUUUCUGUUUGUUAUCCUGGUCGUCUUGGUGAGAAUUCUACAAUGUUUUUUAUAUAGUCAUAUUUUUUGCAACUCACUAGAAAUAUUAUUUCCGACGGAAUGGGUGUAGGAUAGAAAAAAAAGAAGAGGAAGGAAAUUAAAAACUCUAUCAAAGAAGAAGAAAAUCAAAAACGGGAGGUAACUCACAAAUCUGUGAGAGCUGCAAGCCUACAAUGCUACAAUACAUUUCCAGUCUCUCGGAUGAAAAACCUGAACAGAAACUCGCCAAGACCACUCGUCACCCCAAAUGACAACAUUGAGGUCCAGAGUGAGCUGAUACAUCAACAGUAUUACAUGACAAUAAUCACUUGUAUCGUUACAAAUUACCCGAAAAACUGUGCAUCAUCCUUCUGGAAUUCAGAACAUGUAAUCAUUAUUUACCCAUAGCAACAGGAUGCCGGAAUAGCACCCCAGUUGAAACCAGAGUAUGUACAUUGUGCGAAGGAAAUGCUAUUUAAAUGUAAAUAUUUCAUGAACACACGCAACAAGACGUAUAAAGACAUAUUAUUAUUAUUAAUAUAAACCGUAACAUACUCAACUUCAAAGAACUAUUUAGUUAUAAUAACAUAAGCAUCCUUCAUAAAAUGUAAAAAUGCAUUGAAAUUAAAAGAGAAAAUAAGCAAACCUUAAACAGACAUCUCCAAUAUCACUACACACUGUUUAAAAUGCUGCAUUAUAAAAAAUCUUAUAACUGUAUUAAAUUUUGAUCAUGUCUUCAUUUUGAAAUGUGUGUAUAGCUAUUUUUAAUUAUGUUUGUAUAUAUUUUGCAAAGAACCUCUGUUGUCAUUUUGUCACUGUAAAUACCUAUUGUACAAUAAUUCCUCAUAUGAUGUCGUUUGACGGUCUGAGUGUACCGAAAUAAAGCUUCAAAGUUUCAUGUACAUGUAGUAAUUUUAUUUGGGAAUGGAUUUGUUGAUAUUGGUGAUUAAAUAUGUAGGAAAUGA